AUGGCCCGCAUCCUCAUCACCGGCUCCGCAGACGGCCUCGGCCUCGAAGCCGCCCGCCAGCUCGUCCAGAAGAAGCACAGCGUCUACCUCCACGCCCGCAGCCAGCAGCGCGCCGAAGAAGCCAAGGCCGCGUGCCCCGGCGCCGCCGGCGUUUUCGUCGCCGACCUCUCCAAGCUCGCCGAGAUGAAGAAGCUGGCCGAGGAGGCCAACGCCGCCGGCACCUUCGACGCCGUCAUCCACAACGCCGGCAUGAUGCACGGCCCGUUCCGCAAGACCGCCGAUACCGGCGUCCCAGCCAUCGCCGCCGUCAACGUCCUGGCGCCCUACGUCCUCGCGAGCCUGAUGAACAGGCCCAAGAGGCUGAUCUUCAUCGCGUCUACGCUGCAUCGCCAGGCGGAUACCAGCGCGGACGAUAUCUUCUGGUUUAAGCGUGGCGAGGCGGCGUUCCAGGACUUCCCGGCCUACUGCGAUUCCAAGUUCCAUGUGAUCCUCAUGGCGAACGCCUUCGCGAGGAGGUACGAGGGCACGUCGGUCAUCUCCGUGCACCCUGGCUGGGUUGCUACCAAGCUUGGCGGUGAUUCUGCCACGGAUAAGUUGGAGGAUGGCGUUGAGACUUAUGUCAUGCUGGCUGAGGGUGACUAUGAUCAGAGCUUGACUGGAAAGUAUUUUGACCCCAAGAGGCAACUCGGUGAGCCGAUUCCUAUCACUGGCGAUGUUGCUCUGCAAGAGAAGGUUGUGAAGGCGUGUGAGGAGGUUACUGGUAUCAAGAUCUAG